AUGGACAUUGCCGAGAGCUCGGAGAGUGGAGCCGGCGACCGCGCGCGCUGCCGCCGCCGGCUGCCCGCUGCCCCCAGCGGCCAGACGCAGCGCGGGGGCGCGGACUCUGGAUCCCCACGCUUCUGGAGACCGUGGGUUGACCCCCGAGGUGAGAAAGAGGAGGAGAUGCCGCAGCACGCCAAGGAGGCGGUGCCAGAUAGCCCUGUAAUGACCGAAGCCUCAGGAAAGCUUUCCCAGUACAGACACCCAGUCAGACUAUUUUGGCCAAAAUCAAAGUGUUAUGAUUAUUUAUAUCAAGAAGCAGAAGCUCUUCUGAAAAAUUUUCCAAUUCAAGCCACAAUUUCAUUUUAUGAAGAUUCUGAUAGUGAAGAUGAAAUUGGGGAGCUGACCUGUGAUUCAGAAAAUUAAUCUGAUUACUUACUUUGGAUGACAUUCAAAGCUUAUAGGAUUUAAAUUUAGUGUACAAAUGUAUCAUAAUCCUUUAAAAUAAUUUAUUUGUAUAUAAAUUAUUAAUAAAAUGAAAUAUUUU